CGAGCUAUGGCCCCUUGAAGUUUGAUUUGAACUAAAAAAUUGCAGUUUUUCGAUUUGUAAAACCAGUAAAUUUCCAAUGCUAUAAAAAGAAGAAUUUGUGAUAUUUUCUGAUUUUCUCGAAAAAAAAAGAUUUAGAAAAUUUUGAAAUCAAGACUAACAUUACUGUAUUUUUUUUAAAAAAAAAGGUCCUUUAAACAGAUUUUUCAUUUCUUUCAUUUUCCGUGUUUUUGAAUACCCCUGAGUCCUAACUUAAAACGGGUUUAAAAACACCCAAAAAAGCAAAAAAUCUAAAUUUGAUAUUGGACCUUAAAAAUGAAACUUAUGAUUCCAAGGAUUCUAAGAGCGAUUUAUAUUGAAUAUUUGGCCUUUUUGAAAAGUAAGCCUUGCUUUCAAAGUAUUCAAACUAUAUUUUUUCGAAGAGAUUAGACUUUUUUUACAAGUGUUUAAUUUUUUAGCGUUGAAAGUUACGUACUACUUAAAAAAUCGAAAACUGCGAAAUUUAAGUAAAAAUAGAACUUAAAGUGGCCAUAUUUUGAAAACGGUGUACUUAAUAAAGUAUUUUUCGAUUGCAAAUUCGCAAGAUUUUAAUUGCUUCCGAAUUUGUUUCCAUUAGAGCAAUUCUCUACCAAAACCGGAAAUGAACAGGGCGUAAUAUUGAAUGUUUGGCCCUUUUGAAAUGUUAGACUUGAUUCAAUUUGUUUAAAGUAUUGUUUUCGAAAAAAUCGGAAAAUUUCACGAAUGUUUCAUAUUUUAACAUUGAAAAUCGGACCAUUAGUUGAUGAGAUAUCGACAUAAGAAAAUGGAGGGUUGUUUGGGUGAAACUAAGAAAAACUUAAAUUUUCCUGUUUCUUUUCAUUAACCCGUUGUAUCUCAGCAAUCAGUGGUUCAAUCUUCAAUCAGAAAUGGUCACUCAUGGUCACUAUUUUUAAAAAUCGAAAAACUGCAAAUAUUUCGCUAAAAUCAAACUUUCGGUGGCUAUAUCUUGAAAACGGAGCCCUUUAACAAAAAAUCUGUAAAGUACUUUUCGAUUGCAAAUUCUAUACAUAAAACAAUUUGGCCAAGUUUUUUUUUUGCAUGAUUUUUUUUUUCUAAAAAUCACUGCUUUUUCAAAAAUUUAUAACUCGGCGGCAGAUUUUUUGACCAUACUUUUCUAUGGCUCAAAAGAUGCGGUUUUUUGUCCGCAAAAACAUAUAAAAAAAAUCAAAAAAUACAUAUUUUGGGAAAUUGAGUUUUUGUGAAAAAAAUAUUGAUAAAACAAUCGGCAAAUUAUUUUUUCCGUGUACCUAUUUUUUUCUUAAAAGUCCUCAACAAUACCUAUAACUUUGCCCAAGACACCAAAUUGAUCAGAAAAUUCACUCAAAAGUUACAGCUGUUUAUUUAAGUACCAUUUUUGUAUGGACAGCUGCCAAAAUUGUAUGGAGACUUGUAUGGAUGAACCAUUGACACAAAAUAGUUUCUUUGGUCAUAGGGAAGGCCCCCAGAAAGUUUGAGCCAAAUAAAAAAAAUGCAAAAAAUAAAAAUGGUCGAAAUCGGCCGAUUUCGGAGAGAAUUGCUCAUUAAAAAAAAUCAUGACACGGCAGCAAAAUACAGAUUUUGAGAAAUCAAAUUGGAAUUAUUUUAAAAACAAGCAUUUUUUUUCGAGUGCCUUUUUUCCUGAAAAGUCCUCAUCAAAAAGAUUUUCCAAUAUUUACGUACCAUUUUUGUAUGGACAGCUGCCAAAGUUGUAUGGAGAUUUGGACGGGUGAACCAAUGACCACUAGCAUGGUGGGGCAACAUGGGGCAACUGCCCCACCAUUCUCAGAAAUUUGUUCUAAAUUUGGUCAGGGGUGUCCAUAAACGACGUAAUAUUCAAAACGUCCAUAUUAUUGCCCCACCUUCCUGAAGGAGCUGGGCAAGCUACUGCCAAUGACACAAAAUGACUUCUUUUUUCAUAGAGGUCAAGCCCCCAAAUAGUUCGAGCCCAAUAAAAAAAUACAAAUAAAAUCCAUUUCCGGUAUUGGGGGAGAAUCACUCAACAAAUGUUUUUCAACAUGCUGUUUGUAGAAGCAUUUCGGGAUUUAUUUUUAAUUUUAAUUUAUUUUUUCUGAGGUCUGUAUCCAAAUAGAUGAUGAUUACUUUUUGAGGAGUACAAUUAUGAUGAAAUAAUUGUGUCUUUUAAAAUAAAUGAAUUAUUACAUUUAUUGACUUGCCUAUUAGAGUGUUCAGCACCUGUCCUCACAAAUCAAUACAUUUUCCACUUUAGCACACUCAACAACGGUUCAACAACGACUGAGCCAUCUCCAUUGCAGAAAGGCUUCCGAUUCUCACCGACUUUUAGUUUAAUUCGAUUAACCUUCCAACUUUACAACGGUUAUUCAACAAUAUUUCAACCCUCCUAGAGUGUGGAGGUUAGAGCAGUUUCCGAUACAUUUUUGAACAAGCCCUUACCUAAAAAAAAAGUUUGCAAAUACGCGCGAUCGGUUUUCCAUUUUGCACCCCCAAAAGCCAUGUUCAGCCGGCAACCGGUCUGAUAUCAAAGACAACGUUCAUUGGUGGGUAGACUCGUUGCGUGUUUCAAACAUGCGGCGAGCCUAUGUUCUACCGGGGUGGGUUCAAUCGCCGAUUUACAAAACUCUUGAGUUUGUUGUAUUGAUUUGUUUUCGACGUAACGCAAUUUUCAUCCAAAGAAAGAAUCCGACUUACAGGAAAGGUCGCCACUUGAGUCAAGAACGAUUUUGUUUUCCUUCUAUAAAAAUGUUUUGCGCCGUCGGAAAAAGGCACAGUUCAACCAGCGUCUUCAAUCGGAACAGUUUCAGCGUCUCAUCAGUCGAAAUGUACAAGUUUGUGUUGCUCCUGGCGUGUGUGUCUCUGGUGCAGGGUUUGAUGCCCAUGCUGCGGAUCAGCAAGGACAUCAACCGGAUCGACUUUGGCGACGUUCAGCCAACCCCUCGGGAACUGCGUCGCCAGCAGCGCCACAACAAGCACGACCAGGGAUACGGUGGAUAUGCGCCCGCCCAUGGGUACCAUGACCAGGGUGGGUAUGAUCACGGACAGUACGCGGGGCAGAUUCAGCAGCAGCUGCACCACGGAGGUCCGUACCCGAAGUUCUUUGCGUACUACAACGCCGGGGGAAAGCGAGGCGGUGGACUGGGCUCGCGCAGAAAUAAGGGAGGUGUUCAAUAUGGACUUCUGCUUGGUUGAAAGAAAUUUAUAUCUAAAUAGAUUUUAAUUAACAGUUUAAUAAUAAAAAAUGCCAAAAAAAUGUGCUUAAAAUUGUAUUGCUUAAGUAAGAGGUAAAAAAAUAAAUGAUUUUGAUAAACACUGAACUGACACAUUAAACCAGUGUAUUUUUCUAAUAUUUAACGCAUGAUUGCCAACACAACAGCUUUGAUUUGUUUCGACGCACUCCUCCACCUGUUGACUGAAAACUACGUUGAUCAAGUGAAGGUAUGGACAAGUGACAUAAUGCUACGAACGAGCCGAGGUUCGAAGCUAUGCACAUAAAGUGCAUGGAAUUAUGUUGGUCGCGACUGACUGCCCACGCAUAGUUGGCCUAUACCUCUGUCGACUUGCACCGUAGUGGCAGUUUGAUCGAUUUAGGUUAUGUUCAUCAAAAGUAUGCUUUUCUACUACUGCCUUAUAUAAUCUUGUAUUGAUGUUAGAGUUGUAGAGGAAAUGUUACUAAAUUUUAAAUAAUCUUUUGAACAUGUUACAGCUCGUAAACACCUUUUUGUUCAAUAAAGAGUAGGCGAAAUCCACUUUUUGUUUGUUUUGAUAUUUAACAACCAUGUUUCUAU